AUGGGCCCCUGUACCGCCUCCUCAUGCUGCUGCCAGGCCCGUAAUCUGCCAUGGGCCCCCGUACCAACUCCUCAUGCUGCUGCCAGGCCCGUAAUCUGUCAUGGGCCCCUGUACCGCCUCCUCAUGCUGCUGCCAGGUCCAGAGUGUGUCAUGGGUCCCUGUACGGCCUCCCAUUGCUGCUGUCUCCAUCGCCACACUCUGCCAUGUGCCACUUUCAGGUCUCCUCACACUGCUGGUGGGUUCCAUUUUGUCAUAGGGUGCUGUAUGGCCUCCCAUUGCUGCUGCCUCCACCGCCACACUGUGGCUCCACACUCUGGUUUUGGCCCCGUGACUGCCCAAAUGAGUAAAGUGUGCAGUGAUUCUAAGAUCGACGGCACUCAUCUGCAUGUCAUACUGACUGACAGUAUUAUUUCUCUUCCCCAGCAGACUCCAAGGGCAUUUAAAUUAAAGGUACAGUGUUCUGCACUAAUAUAA